GACUCAGCGAGGAAAACCGCAAGGCGGGAAUCCGGGAUAACAGCGGAUCGGUACUGCAUCCGCGGAUCCGGGAGCAGACCGGGGUCAAUUAAUCGGGAUUCAUCCAGGGGCAUCUUGGAUGUUGAAAGUUCCAGAUCAGUGCACGAGUGCUGGAAUUUUCCCGGCAGUUGACGGAGCUGCGGACCCGGUAUCAGUGCACGAACACCAGGAGCAGAGUCCGAGUUCCGAGUCCGGAAUCCCAUCGGGGUCCAUAACUGGUCCAGGAUCAUCCCAUUAGUCAGGAUCACAGAUCAAUCCAGGAACAGCGGAUCUGGGAACACACUGGGUCAGUAGGGAUCAUAUCGGGUUCCACCCAUGAAAAACGCAUCCGGAGUCAAACUGGAUCAACCAGGAUCAAAUCGGGAUCAAACCGGGAGCAGCCCGGGAUCCGCACAGGAUCUCAGUGGGGUCGAUGCACGACCAUCGGAUCCGGGAUCGGAUCGGGAUCAGCCCAGGGUGGCAGUGGAAUCCGCCCAGGACCAGGGGCCCCAGGAGGCGAUCGGGGGCAAGGACGUGAUGCAGCCGAAGACCUGGGGUGGGUCACGAAACCGCCUGUCCCACAACCUGGGCACCGUGGUCCGAGUGAGGGAGAAGAAGGGCAGGCUGAGGGCGGCCAUCCCCUACAUGCCCUUCCCGCUGGCGGUCUUCUGUCUCUUUCUCAACACCUUCAUCCCCGGAAUGGGGACCUUCCUGUCAGCCUUCACGGUACUGUGCGGUGCGCGGACAGACGUUCCCAACCGCCACGUGUGCUGCGCCUUCCUGCUGAACGUGGUGGCUGCGUUCAUUCAGAUUGUCACGGCGGUGGUGAUCGUGGGCUGGAUCAUGAGCAUCUUCUGGGGAAUGGACAUGGUCGCUCUCGCCAGUAAGUGAAAGCCUACAGGGAACAUGGAAUUACUCAACAACUGUAGAUCUCCAGGGGACUUUGGGAAGUUGAAGGCAUCUCCACCUUUUCUCCAUCUGCAACAGUGUUUGGUCACCUGUCGGGUGCCUCGGAAGACCCCCAGCACACAGACUUCAACUGGGCUGAUUGAGGAGGGAGAAUAAAAUUAAACACGGAGAAACAGAACGAUUCUCCUUCCCAGUCCAUUUCCACCCAAUCACCCUACCUCCUCUCCCCACCCCAUUUCCACCCAAACACCCUACCUCCUCUCCCCACCCCAUUUCCACCCAAACACCCUACCUCCUCUCCCCACCCCAUUUCCACCCAAUCACCCUACCUCCUCUCCCCACCCCAUUUCCACCCAAACACCCUACCUCCUCUCCCCACCCCAUUUCCACCCAAUCACCCUACCUCCUCUCCCCACCCCAUUUCCACCCAAACACCCUACCUCCUCUCCCCACCCCAUUUCCACCCAAACACCCUACCUCCUCUCCCCACCCCAUU